AUGUCACCUUUUAGGGGAUUCAUCGACGGGCUGUUGGAUGAGAUAGUAUGUUCGGCUGGGGAACUCAGUCAGUACCAUUGGUCUGAGUCUAUGAUUUCAGACGACAACCACGACGACGACGAUGCAGAAGGCAUCCUGCACCUGUCGCGCUCAGCUGUUGUUCAGUUUGAUUCCGCUAGAGAACUGGUUGUGGUGAGCACUAGGUAUUUUCAUGAAGAUCGGGUGUCCCUGGACACGGGAGUGGUAAGUAUCGCUAGAGCAGAUCAGGUCAACGGAACAAGCGUAAACCUUCACGAGAAGCGUCACCAAAUCGAACUAACGCCGAUGAUACCACUCCGGAGUCCGGAUCGGAUUCCAAAUACCCGAAGAGUCCCCGACUUCGUCCGUCAAUGA